UCAGAUUACCGAGAGGGAGAAUGAAGCGAACAUCUCUUCUGCUCUCCUCUCUGACUGUGAGUCCCAGCAGCUCUCAGUUCUUCAGCUGGACGUCUGUCUCUCUGAGCUGUGAGGAGGACGACAGCUCUGCUGGAUGGACUCUGAGGAGGAACACAACCAGAGAAACUAGGACUCAGUGUAGAGAUGGCUGGGGAAAACGUGCUGGUUCUUCCUGUAACAUCAGCUACAUGGUCCCACGGGACAGUGGAGUUUACUGGUGUGAGUCCAGAGAGGGAGCAAGCAGUAACAGCAUCAACAUCACUGUCACUGGUGGACCAGUGAUCCUGCAGAGUCCUGUCCUCCCUGUGAUGGAGGGAGAAGACCUCACUCUGCACUGUAAAACAAAGAACUCCUCCGACCUCCCAGCUGAUUUCUAUAAAGAUGGCUCCUUCAUCAGGACUCAGCCUGCAGGUCACAUGACCAUCCACCAUGUUUCCAGGUCUGAUGAAGGCCUCUACAAGUGCAACAUCAGCAGUUUUGGAGAGUCCUCACCCAGCUGGGUCUCUGUCACAGGUGGCAUCUGAUAUGCGAUUGUUUCACCUCUAAACCAGGCUGUACAGAUGUUAUCAAUUCACUUCUGUGCGUCUUUCUGUGUUCAACUAUACACAUUGAUAAGGAAUAAGGAACUUUAAACCUAGAAACAUUAAUA